UUCAAAUAAAUUCAAACUAAUGUCUUCGUUCAACGCCCUGUGAAUUGUCUCCAUUGAUUGUUUGUUUCUGUUUGCUCGAUUCGUCGAUCUCGCGUUUGCUUUUCGAGGAGAUAGAUGGCGGGUCGGCGAGCAUCGUCGCCGGCUUCCCCGGUGACGAUCACCGUGUCUUCCUCCGGCGGGAAGGAAGGAGGCGAUGGACCCCUCCGCCGGAGCAUCGGCUUGACCAGUCCGGUCCCGCGGCACUCCUUCUCCAAAGCUGACUCCCCGGCCGCUAGGCCGUCCAGCCGGGGCCUCUCGAGCGGCGGGGGGAGGUACUUCUCCGCGGCCGACAACAGCGACGAGAGCCACGAACGUACCUCCUCCGAGUUCGUCCGGUACACCGUCCACAUCCCGCCGACGCCGGACCACCAGCCGACCCCGUCGCAGGAGGAUGUCGACGAGCUCGAGCCUCGCCCGCAGCGGAGCUUCAUCUCCGGCACCAUCUUCACCGGCGGGUUCAAUUGCGGGACCCGCGGCCACGUCAUCCAGUGCUCGGCGGACAGCGUGAAGGUGGCGAAAUCCUCAGGGGGGAUGCUCUGCGAGAUGAACGGAUGCGACGGCGAUGUGUUCCUUGGAGUGAUGAAGCCGCUGUGCGAAUGCGGGUUCCUGAUCUGCAAAGACUGCUACUUGGAGUGCAUCGGGGACGGCGGAGGGCUGUGCCCGGGGUGCAAGGAGCCGUACCGAACCGCGAACGACGAGGACGAUUCCAUGUCUGAGGACGAACGGAGACGCCUUCCUUUGACAUCAAUGCCGGAGUUCAAUCGAAUGGCCUGGAAGAGGCUGUCGAUGGUGAGAUCGAUGAAAGCACCGCACCAACCUGGGGACUUCGAUCACAACAGCUGGCUCUUCGAGACCAAGGGAACGUACGGGUAUGGGAAUGCAGUGUGGCACAGAGAUGGCAACGCCGGCGGCGACAGAGCAGAGCACAACGGUUUCGAGGAGCCACCCGAUUUCGAGGGGAAAUGCAGAAGGCCAUUGACAAGGAAAAAGGGCGUCUCCCAAGCAAUUCUCAGCCCAUACAGGUUGCUCGUAGUCAUUCGCCUUCUUGCACUUGGUCUUUUCCUCGCAUGGAGGAUUCGGCAUCCUAACCAUGAUGCUCUAUGGCUAUGGGGAAUGUCUGUAGCUUGCGAGGUCUGGUUUGCAUUCUCUUGGCUUUUAGACCAGCUUCAAAAGCUUUGUCCAGUAAACAGAGCCACAGAUCUCUCCGUCCUGAAAGAACGCUUCGAGUCCCCGAGCAUUCGAAACCCCAAAGGCCGAUCUGAUCUUCCAGGGGUCGAUGUAUUUGUCUCCACAGCUGAUUCAGAAAAAGAACCACCUUUAGUCACUGCAAACACAAUCCUCUCCAUACUCGCAGUCGACUACCCUGUUGAGAAACUUGCUUGUUACCUAUCAGAUGAUGGAGGCUCACUUCUGACAUUCGAAGCUCUUGCUGAAACUGCUACCUUUGCAAGAAUUUGGGUUCCCUUCUGCAGGAAGCAUACCGUAGAGCCGAGGAAUCCGGAGGCCUACUUCAGUCAGAAGCGCGACUUUCUAAAGAACAAAGUCCGUCGAGACUUUGUUCGAGAGAGGAGGAAGGUUAAGAGGGAAUAUGAUGAGUUUAAAGUAAGAAUAAAUUCUCUGCCUGAAUCCAUCAGGAGGCGAUCUGAUGCAUACAAUGCGCACGAAGAACUACGAGCUAAGAAGAAACAAAUGGAGAUCAAAGACGACAGCAUUUCGGAACCCACGGAGUUUAUUAAAGCAACUUGGAUGUCUGAUGGAUCACACUGGCCUGGGACAUGGUUUUCAGCUGCACCUGAUCAUUCUAGAGCUGAUCAUGCUAGUAUCGUUCAGGUGAUGCUUGUUCCUCCAAAUCCUGAACCGGUAAUAGGCAAUGUGGAACAAGAAAGUAAUCUUAUCAACACCGCCGACGUCGACAUCAGACUUCCAAUGCUCGUCUAUGUUUCGCGCGAGAAGAGACCGGGAUACGAUCACAACAAGAAGGCCGGCGCAAUGAAUUCUCUGGUCAGAACAAGUGCUAUAAUGUCCAAUGGCCCCUUCAUUCUGAAUCUGGAUUGCGAUCACUACAUCCACAAUUCCUUGGCUCUGAGAGAAGGGAUGUGUUUCAUGCUCGAUCGAGGCGGUGACAGGAUAUGCUAUGUUCAAUUUCCUCAGAGGUUUGAUGGAAUCGAUCCCAGUGACCGAUACGCUAAUAACAAUUUGGUGUUCUUUGAUGUCACUAUGAGGGCCAUGGAUGGAUUGCAAGGUCCCAUGUAUGUUGGAACUGGCUGCAUUUUUCGAAGAACUGCUCUUUAUGGGUUUAGCCCUCCUCGUGCCACCGAACACCACGGUUGGUUUGGAAGGAAGAAGACUAAGCUUUUCCUGAGGAAACCUACAAUGGGGAAGAAGCAUGAUCGCGACAAAAAGGACGAUGAGAACGACGACGAAUUAGAUGUAGAAUCAGCACUGCUGCCGAAGAGGUUUGGUAGUUCAGCCACUUUAGUAGCAUCCAUUCCCAUAGCUGAAUACCAGGGAAGGCUGCUUCAAGACAUGCCCGGAGUUCGACAAGGCAGGCCUGCUGGUUCCCUGGCAGUCCCUCGAGAACCCCUUGAUGCAGCAACAGUCGCGGAAACGAUCAGUGUUAUAUCUUGCUUCUUCGAGGAUCAAACCGAAUGGGGCCAACGAGUGGGUUGGAUAUAUGGCUCUGUCACUGAGGAUGUCGUGACAGGUUACAGAAUGCACAACAGGGGGUGGAGGUCAAUUUACUGUGUCACCAAGAGGGAUGCAUUCAGAGGGACAGCUCCGAUCAAUCUAACCGAUAGGCUGCACCAAGUCCUCCGGUGGGCGACUGGUUCGGUCGAGAUAUUCUUCUCCCAGAACAAUGCAAUCUUUGCCAGCAGGAGGAUGAAGUUCUUGCAGAGAGUAGCCUAUUUCAACUGUGGAAUCUACCCGUUCACCUCCAUCUUUCUCAUGGUCUACUGCAUUCUCCCGGCAAUCUCUCUAUUCACCGGCCAGUUUAUCGUUCAAUCCCUCAGCAUUACAUUUCUGAUGCUACUCCUCGCCAUUACCGGUACUCUUUGCCUGCUCGCAUUGUUGGAGAUCAAGUGGUCCGGGAUCACAUUGCAUGAGUGGUGGAGGAAUGAGCAGUUCUGGUUAAUUGGAGGAACGAGUGCUCACCCUGCUGCUGUCCUCCAAGGCUUGCUGAAGGUCAUUGCCGGUGUGGACAUUUCAUUCACUUUGACAUCGAAACCUGCGGCCGACGACGAUGCGGAUGCCUUUGCUGAGCUCUACGUCGUGAAGUGGAGCUUCUUGAUGGUGCCUCCGAUCACAAUUAUGAUGAUGAACACGAUAGCGAUAGCCGUGGGGACUGCGAGGACAAUGUACUGUCAAUUUCCGCAGUGGAGCAAGCUUCUGGGAGGUGUGUUCUUCAGCUUCUGGGUCCUUUGCCAUCUGUAUCCGUUCGCAAAAGGCCUGAUGGGGCGGAGGGGGAAGGUGCCGACGAUUGUAUUUAUAUGGGCUGGUCUAAUCUCGAGUAUCAUCUCCUUGCUUUGGGUGUACAUAAGCCCCCCAGCUGGAGGGAGGAGGGACUACAUGAGUUUCCAGUUUCCUUGAGUGGAAGGAGAAGUACCAUCGUCGAACUUAAGAUUUUUGCCUUUAGUAGAAGCGUCAAAAUUCCACAAGCACAUAUGAAAUACCUGAAGUGUUGUUUUUUUUAUGUACUCGUUAUUAGUGUUUGAUCAAUAUCAAUAUCAAAAUUCCACUAAGACAUAAACUUGAAUAAUUUGUUCAACUUGUAUAAUCCAAUCAUGAUGUGCUGGAUUUAAUCUCUAUAAGCUUACAGAUUUGUCAUAA